ACAGUCUCGCUCCUCAGCAUUGGGCCGUGGUGUUACCGAGGCUGCGUUAGCCGCUAACGGUUGUUUGUCCGAUGAAGAUGGCCGCAGAUCCUCUCUCUGUUUCUUCUAACCAGUCCAACAACGAUGGCAUCCUCAUCGGUGACAAACUCUACUCGGAAGUUUACCUAACGAUAGACAACUCGGUGAUACCAGAUGAAAGGCUCUCACCAACACCCUCAAUGCUCGACGGCCUCGACCUGAACACCGAAACCGACCUCCGUAUCCUUGGCUGUGAACUGAUUCAGUCGGCGGGUAUUCUCCUACGGUUACCUCAGGUGGCCAUGGCAACGGGGCAGGUCCUUUUCCAUCGGUUCUUCUACUCCAAGUCCUUCGUUAAGCACAGUUUCGAGAUUGUUGCAAUGGCUUGUAUCAACUUGGCCUCAAAGAUCGAAGAGGCACCACGACGAAUACGAGACGUCAUCAAUGUUUUUCAUCACCUCAGACAGCUUAGAGGCAAAAAGACUCCAAGUCCAUUGGUACUUGAUCAGAACUACAUAAAUACCAAAAACCAAGUCAUCAAGGCAGAGCGACGAGUCUUGAAGGAACUGGGCUUCUGUGUGCAUGUCAAGCAUCCACACAAGAUUGUUGUUAUGUACCUUCAGUUCCUGGAAUGUGAGAAGAACCAGACUCUCGUCCAAACAGCCUGGAACUACAUGAACGACAGCCUGAGGACGAAUGUGUUUGUGCGGUUCCAGCCUGAAACCAUCGCCUGUGCCUGUAUGUACCUCGCUGCCCGAGCCCUGCAGAUUCCCCUGCCAACCAGGCCUCAUUGGUAUUUGCUGUUUGGAGCCACAGAAGAAGAGAUUAAAGAGAUCUGCAUUACGACCCUGAAACUCUACACCAGGAAAAAGCCUAAUUAUGAGCAGCUCGAAAAAGAGGUGGAGCGACGGAAGGUGUUCUUAGCAGAGGCCAAACUGAAGGCAAAGGGCCUGAACCCGGAUGGUACACCUGCUCUGUCUGCUAUAGGAGGCUUCUCUCCUGCCUCCAAGCCCUGCUCCCCAAAUGUGGUUAAAGUGGAGGAGAAAUCCCCAAAUCCUCAGACCAACAAACCGAUAAAGAAGGAGACAGACAGCCGCACUCAGGUCAACAAGAGUCCACAUAAUGGACUGAGGAAAGAAGGAAAGAUCGGACGGACUAGUAGAAGUGGAAGUCGUUCGCGUUCAAGAACACGAUCACGGUCAAGAUCUCCAUCUCAUCGCAGACAUUACAACAGCAGACGCAGUCGCUCAGGGACGUACAGCUCUCGGUCACGCUCGCGCUCUCACAGUCGAAGCCCGCUGCUCCAUCGACACCCGCCCUCACCACUUCUGCCUCAUCUCAAGUCCAAGUCCAGUCACCAUGGGAAUAGCGACUCCAAACUCAGCGGGCGCCAUAGCAACAGCGGAGGAGGUGGUUCUGGUCACAAGAGGAAACGCUCUCGGUCACGAUCCCGCACUCCCGUCAAAGCGGACAGGGACAGAGAGAGAGAGCGGGACAGAGAGAGAGACCGCUCUUUUGAUUUCUCCUCAAAGAAACACAAACAUGAGCGGGGAGGCAGCCAUCGUGACCGAAGGGAGAGGUCAAGGUCUUAUGAAAGGGACCGGGAGCGUAGCCACAAGAGCAAACACCACAGCAGCAGCGGACACUCAGGACACAGCCGCCACCGGCGCUAAGAGACUGUCCCAAAGAGAUGAGCCCCGGGGCUGACCGCCACCAACCACUUCCACGUGUUCUCCUAAUUAUGGCGGCUAUUAAGAGCUCUCGUCAAUUUGUCAGGAGAUAAAGAUUAGCAAAAGGAAUCAAGAUGUUGACCCAAAAAUGUAAAAUAACCAAAUAUUGAAGAAAAUCCUGGGUAAACAGUUUGGCGAAUCAAGUAUUAAAACCAGUGUACUAUAACUGGGAGAACAUGUGAGGUUUGCUUUUAGGAUAUUUAACAACCAUUCCACACAAAGACGUCUUGCCUCUGACUGAGUUCAGCCAUAUUUUUGGUUUAUUGAUCACUCCUCUCUUGGUCCAGUUAAUAAUCUGAACCUUGACAAAUCCCCAAAAAGGGUCCUACAUGCAGUAUCUGCACGGAUAAACGGCUGCAGCUUCUCAGUACACGUCGAAGGUGGAUCCUUCUGUCACGGCGAGACCCAGCAUCAGGCGGCCGCCGCGUUGGUUGGCGGCAGCAGUGCGAAAUCAGCCCCCGGACUCAACUUUAUUUUCCUGUGAUUUGUUUUUGUCCCAGAAACAAGCGCACCCUGUCCGACUGCCUGACAUAAUCUUUUUAGUUUUAUAUGUAAAGUUGCAAAUUUUUGGAAAAAAAAACAAACAAAACUUAUUUACAGUGUAAAGCUUUGAUAUCCACUGAUAAAAUGUUGAACGCUUUGAUUUAUAGAAGCGACCUGUUCGGUGGAAGGAUUGAAUGAAUAAAUGUAAAAUAAAUGUUAUUCAGGAAAGAUCAAUAAGUUUGCACAUUGCAGGACUAGUGGGCUGUUUUCCUUGUUUCCUUUUUUUAUUGGACAGAUUUACGUUAAAGAUGAAAUGGUAACUUGUUUUUUUUUUUUUUUUUU